AGGUGACUUUGGCAGUCUCUCUGUCACUUAGGGUGCAUGGCAGAAGGCUAAAAAAUGCAGCUUGUGUUUAAUCCCUGGCUCUGUUGCUAUUUCUCUGCCUGUCAUUUUUGUUCCUAGGAAGCUGUAGCGACCCAAUGAGGUCCACGUUCGCUCAGCUGUCAGAGGAGGACGUGAAAAAGAGUUUCUACCCUGUUGGGAGCACCGUGCGUUAUAUCUGUCGCUCCGGGUACGAGAAUGUCAAUGAAACGCACCCAACCAGCACUUGCCUUGAAAGUCUAACCUGGUCAGAUAUCCCCGAGUUGUGUAAAAGGAAAUCUUGCGGUGCUCCAAAAGGACCAGAACAUGGCAGAGCUGCAGUUGUAACAGACUUUCUCUAUGGUGACAGCGUGGAAAUAAUUUGUGACACAGGGUACCAGUCAACUGGGCAGCGGUUCAUCAGAUGUCGGUUGAAAGGAGAUCAAAUUGCAUGGACUGAUCUUCCAACUUGCCAACUCAUGGCAACACCACCAACUACUCCCAAGAGUGACCCCCCAGGACGAGCAGACACGGGUGUUAAUUUCACAGGUAAAAAAAAGAACUGCCUGUUGCUUAAAGUUUGGAGGUCAGGGGUUGCUGGUAUGUAA